AUGACACAGGUCAUCUCCUUGGUUGCGCCCCCCAAGGCAAUAACCCCGGCCCACUCCUCUCCCAUGGAGCUCGACGACCAUGACGGGCCCAGGGCCUUUCGAGCCGCGACCGACACGCCCGACUCUCCAAGUCCUCGCACCGUCGACCUUGCUCGAAAACGUGCUGCUUCCAUCAACACGGCCGAAGCCAAUUAUGCCAGGUUCGAGCACCUCAGGCUCAAUACACCUACCAACAUGAAUAAGGACAGCCCCCGAGAUCACAUCUGUCUCUGCACCCCCGCUCCCAAGAUCCCUAGGCCUCGAAACGCCUUCAUCCUCUAUCGUCAGCAUCACCAGGCUCAAGUUGUUGCGCAGAACCCCAACCUUUCUAACCCCGAGAUUUCCAAAAUCAUUGGGGAGCAGUGGAAGGAGGAGUCUGACGAAAUCAAAAACAAUUGGAAGGGCUUGGCCGACGAGGAGAAACAACGCCAUCAACGUCAAUAUCCUGAUUACCGAUACCAGCCCCGACGCGGUUCUCGUGCCCAGGCGAACCGGCCAGGGUCGUCUCCCGCCGACGACGGGGGACGUUGUCCAAAGUGCAACGGGCGCUCCAUCGCGACCCCCCGAACGCCCUCCGCAUCGUUUUCUACCCCAACGGCAGCAAAGCCAACAAUGAACCCAUACGGCCCUACCGCCAGAGGGGACGAGCCCGAAAUGGCCCACCGGGAAAGCACCGGCAGCAUGCCUCCAGCUCGACUGCGAUAUCCUCCCCAACGGCAGAGCCCCUAUGAGGUGGAUGAAUAUGAACUCGAGUCGCCAGAAAUGAAAAGGCGUCGUUUCAACAGCGGGAGCUAUCAUUCGGUGUCAUCGCCGGGUAUGACGCCAGGGCAAGUAACGCGUACGAGUUCCAUGGGAGGUCCGUCAGGCGCCAUGCGGCACUACGCAGCUGCUCCCUUCCCCGAGCCAGGCAACCUGCCGAGAUCCAAGUCUGGUCCUAUGCCUCCUCCUCCGCGACCAUCUAUGUCGGGGCCAUGGCCUGAGCAGGGCCAUCACGCCGGCCGGCACCACUCAUUUGACGAGUCGCUCCGCCUCCCCCCUCUACAGACAUCGGUUCCAAUGUCUCCGUCGGUAGCGGGAGAGGUCGAUAUCCGGCAAAUCGGAACACCUGUCGCUGGCCUUGGCGGACCGAACACACGCGACCCUCAAGCUAGAAGCGUUGAGGCCAUGGUCAUGUCCAUUCCUUUCACUCGAAAGCUGGCAGUGCUAGCUAGAAUCAGUCAGCCCCUGGCUCCGCCCAGACCCGGGAGCCCUGGAGUUGAGACCCGUGGGGCCGUCAUUGCAGUUGAAGGGCCCAAGUCCAAAAUGGUCCAACAAGUCGGACAGGCUGUCGAAAAAGCUCUCCUGGCAUGCGACCAGUAUAACGUGAAGACGUGGACGAAUCACUCGACUCAGGAGCUGCACGGCGAUGAGCCCCAUUCCGACCCAGAGGGGGCAUCGUCGGAAUCGCAGAGCUUCUUUAUGUCGUACUUUCGGACAAUGUUGCGCUGGCAUGAGAAGUCACGAGAAAUUGUCAAGCACAUUAUUGGACCGAAGAAUAAUGAUGCUGGCGACAUUCCCCGGCGAGGCUCUGGAGAGUCGAAUUCCCCGGCAGAGUCUCUUGGAAACCCGGCAUCGAACAUCCCCGUGGCGCUGCUCAAGGAAGGAUUCAGUCUGACACUGUCAGACGUGUUCGCUUGCACCACGCCAAUUGCCGAUGCAUAUGCCCCGGUUGACCACUGGCAGUGGAUGGCGACUCUAUGGCGAGGGGUCAUAGGCCCGGAUAUGGUGGUUUAUGUCAAGCCCAGCGUAGAGGAUGAGAUUGCCAAGCAUGGAGCCGUCCAUGUUCAGAAGCGUCCAGGGUUGAUGGUUGUCCGGGUGCCGGUUGGAAGCGACCUGGACGAAGCUACAGAGCGCAGAGUCGCUUUCGAGGUUGUCGAAUGGCUCCGAGGAGGGUCAUAUAACGAGGGAUUUGGCAAGACGUGA